UGAAACAAGCCUCGAAGCGGCGCUUCGAAAGCUCACACAGUGUCGAAACCUAUCGAGUGGCCCAUCACUAGUAGAGACACACGGGGAGGGACGAGGCAAGAGAAAAAGAAAAAGCUUCUGUUUACUGUAACUUCUCAAUGGAUGUGAAACAGGAGACCUGUGAUGUGGACACGAAUAUGAUGGAGAUAACUGUAAAUAUUAAGGAGGAGAACUGUGAGUGGGAGUCCAUUUACCUUAAACAGGAAAACCUGAGCGUUAAAGAGGAGGACGGUGAACAGCGGCCAGUGAACAUUAAAGCAAAAGACGAAGAGUAUUCUGUUAGUAUUGAGACACAUAACCAUACAGAUUUGAAGAGUGUAAAAGAGGAGGACUUUCAAGACGAGUGUCAAGAUGGAGUGAUGACAGGGUUAGACUCUUCUCACCGUUCAUCUCCAGAGCCUUCUAUCAAUGUGAAGUCUGAACCAUUCCAGUCUGAUACAACAAGGACUGAGGAAACUACAUCUGCUGGAACUCAGGAAAAUCAGCCACCACCUACAAAGAAGUCUGGGAAAAGAAACAAAGAUCACUGCAGAUUGGAAGGUGGCAAAGAAUUCUCUGGCAGGAGUGAUCUUCAGAAACGUGUCGUAAAGAAACCACAUUGCUGUAAUGAUUGUGGUAAACGGUUUUCAAAAUUGUGCCGUCUAAAGAGCCACACCAGAGUGCACACCAAAGAGAAAUCGUAUUGCUGUAAUGAUUGUGGUAAACAGUUUUCAAAAUUGGGCCUUCUAAAGAGCCACACAAGAGUUCACACCGGAGAGACGCCAUAUCCCUGUAAUACAUGUGGUAGACAGUUUGCACAAAUAAGUGGUCUAAAGAGCCACGCUAGAGUUCACAGCAAAGAGACACCGUAUCACUGUAAUGAAUGUGGUAAACAGUUUUCACAAACGAGUAGUCUAAAGAGCCACACUAGAGUUCACACCAAAGAGAAACCAUAUUGCUGUCGUGAAUGUGGUAAACGGUUUGCACAAGCAGGUGGUCUUCAGAAACACACUAGAAUUCACAUGGGAGAGAAGCCGUAUUCCUGUAAUGAAUGUGGCAGGCAGUUCUCUGAAAGGAGCAAUUUUCAGACCCACACCAGAAUUCACACUGGAGAGAGGCCACAUUGUUGUUUGGAAUGUGGCAAAACAUUCAGUCACAAGAGUACUCUUCAGAGCCACACAAGAGUUCACACUGGAGAGAAGCCAUAUCACUGUAAUACAUGUGGUAAACAGUUUUCACAAAUGAGCAAUCUUAGGAAACACACUAGAGUUCACACCAAAAUGAAAACAAUAGCUGUGCAAAAAUCACCCCAGAAGAAGAACCACACUUCAGGAAUCAAGAGUGAGGUUCCUGAGAACCAAGUUGGACAGGAACUGACUAUUCUCGUCAAUAUCUGCGUUGUUUACUACCGGAAUGGAAGUGAAGAUUUUGGUAAAGAAGUGUGCGCGCUACUUCCGCAAAUGCUAAUUGAUUGCAGCUUAAUUUCAUGUGUGCAGACGUCCGAGAAACAAAUCCUCGCAAGGAAAAGAGAGAAAGAGACAUCUGCAGUUUACAGUAACGUCCAGAUGGAUGUGAGCACAGAUACCACAGAGAUAAGGACCAUAACUGUUAAGGAGGAAGACUGUGAAUGGGAGAGUGUCCACCCUAAACAGGAGAGUCUGGACAUUAAAGAUGAGGAAUGUAGACUUGGAUCAAUGGGAAUUAAAGAGGAGACUGAAGAGAAGUGUGUCACCAUUGAGCCACACAAAAAUAAAACUGUGGAGAGUGUCAAGGAAGAAGAACCUCGUUAUGGGUAUCAAGAUGGACCGAUGACUGUGCUAGUGUCUUCACCAAUGAGACACUGUUCAUCUGUCAAUGUGAAGUCUGAAUCGUUACAGUCUGUCACAAAGGGAAUUGAAGAAAAUACAUAUGUUGGAAGUCAAGACGAUCGGCCACCAGCUAUAAAUCAGUCUGGUACAAGAGAUAAACCUCACUGCUGUUCUGAAUGUGGCAAACUAUUUUGUCACAAGCGCUCUCUUCAGAGCCACAAAAGAAUUCACACAGGAGAGAAGCCCUAUUGCUGCUUGGAAUGUGGCAAACAAUUCCGUGAGAGUACCCAACUUAAGCGCCACAAAAGAGUUCACACUGGAGAGAAACCAUACUGCUGUAAUGAUUGUGGCAAACGGUUUCGUUGCAAGAGUCACCUUCAGUGCCACAAAAGAGUUCACACAGGAGAAAAGCCUUAUUGCUGUUUGGAAUGUGGUGCACGAUUCUCAUGUAAUACCAGUCUUCUGAGCCACAAAAGAAUUCACACUGGAAAAAAGCCAUAUUGCUGCUUGGAAUGUGGCAAACAAUUCUGUAAUAUGGGUACUCUGCAGAAACACACAAGAUUUCACACUGGAGAGAAACUGUUGAGCUGUUUAGAAUGUGGCCGGCAAUUCUAUGACGAGAGAAGUCUUCAGAGUCACAAAAGGAUUCACACUGGGGAGAAACCAUAUUGCUGCUUGGAAUGUGGGAAACAAUUCCGUGGUAGUACCCAACUUCAGCGCCACAAAAGAGUUCACACUGGAGAGAAACCAUAUUGCUGUAAUGAAUGUGGCAAACGGUUUCGUUGCAAGAGUCAUCUUCAGUACCACAAAAGAAUUCACACAGGAGAAAAGCCUUAUUGCUGUUUGGAAUGUGGUGCACGAUUCUCAUGUAGCACCAGUCUUUUGAGCCACAAAAGAAUUCACACUGGAGAAAAGCCAUAUCGCUGCAUGGAAUGUGGCAAACAAUUCUGUAACAUCAGUACUCUGCAGAAGCACACAAGAUUUCAUACUGGAGAGAAACUGUUUAGUUGUUUACAGUGUAGCCGGCAAUUCUAUGAUGAGAGAAGUCUUCAGAGUCACACAAGUAUUCACACCGGAGAGAAGCCGUAUUGCUGUUCUGAAUGUGGAAAACGAUUCUAUGACAAGAAACGUCUUCAGAGUCACAAAAAAAUUCACACUGAAGAGAAGAUGUUUUGGUGUUCUGAAUGUGACAAACAAUUCUCAAAUAUUAGCAGUCUUAAGACCCACACUACAAUUCAUACCGGAGAGAAACCAUACUGUUGUUUGGAAUGUGGAAAAACAUUCCGUACCAAGGGUAAUCUUCAGGGCCACACUAGAGUUCAUACCGGAGAAAGGCCAUUUUGCUGUUUGGAAUGUGGCAAAAAAUUUCGUAGCCAGAGUAAUCUUCUGAGCCACACUAAAGUUCACACAGGAGAUAAAGAAGCCCUGAGGAGUAUGUUAGAAAAGGGAAGAAGUAGAAGGAAGAAAGGAGAAACAAGGGUGAAAGAAGCCAAAAACCACGCUGUGGAGUACUUGGACGCGUGUGAUGGAGCAUUGUCCUGCAUGAAAAUCAUGUUUUUCUUGAAGGAUGCAGACUUCUUCCUGUACCACUGCUUGAAGAAGAUGGAUGUGAAAAAAGAGGAAUGUGAGGCUGACAUGAAUAGCAUGGAGAAACGGACCCCACAUGUAAAGGAGGAGGACUGUGAAAGGGAGUGUGUCCAACCUAAACAGGCAAGUCUGGGCAUUAAGGUUGUGGAAUGUGAACUGGGGUCAGUGGGCAUUAAAGAAGAGGCUGAAGAGAAGUCCGUCAGCAUCGAGGUACACAAAUAUAAAACGACUGAGAGCGUCAAAGAAGAUGAACAAGAUGGAGCAGUGACAGAGUUAGCUUCUUCUCAAAGCAGACACUGUCCAUCACCACAGUCUUCUAGCAAUGCGGAGUCUGAAUCAUUACAGUUUGAAGUAAAGAGGGCUGAAGAAGUUUCAUCUGUUAAAACUUGGGAAGAUCAGCCAUCAGCUUCAGUGAAGUCCAGAAAAGGUGACAAACAUCAGUGCUGUUCUGAGUGUGGCAAACAAUUUACAUCCAGAGGAUAUCUUCGCAUACACAAAAGAAUUCACACAGGAGAGAAGCCUUAUUACUGUUCUCAAUGUGGCAAGCAGUUUUUGCAAAAGACCAAUCUUCAGAGCCACCAAAGAAUUCAUACAGGGGAAAAGCCUUAUUGCUGUUCUGCAUGUGGCAAACGUUUUCUGCGAAAGAGCAAUCUUCAGAGCCACCAAAGAAUUCACACAGUAGAAAAGCCUCAUUGCUGUUCUGAAUGUGGCGUGCAGUUUUUGCGACAGAGCCAUCUUCAGAGCCACCAAAGUAUUCACACAGGCGAAAAGCCUUAUUGCUGUUCUGAAUGUGGCAAGCACUUUUUAAAAAGGAGUUUACUUCACAGACACCAAGGAAUUCACACGGGAGAGAAGCCUUAUUGCUGUUCUGAAUGUGGCAAGCAGUUUUUGUACAAAAACAGUCUUCAGAUCCACCAAAGAAUUCACACAGGAGAGAAGCCUUAUCGUUGUUCUGAAUGCGGCAAGUGCUUUUCGCGAGUGAGCAAUCUUUCGACCCACCGAAAAAUUCAUACUUGAGGAAAGCCAUUUUGCUUUUCUGGAUGUGGCAAGUGCUUAUCACAAAGGAGUCCACUUCAGAGCCACAAAUUAAUGGACAAGUGGCCUCACCACAGUGGAACAGGCCAGACCCCACGAUCAUACCGUGAGUAAGAAAAUAUAGGGACUUGACACUCAAGUGUUAAAGAGGAGACCAUGUGAUGCUAGUUUUACAGAACUGGCCAUGAGUUUUCAGCUGAAAUGUAUCCUGGGACAGCUUGUGCAAAACCUCAGUGUAGAAAGUCCUUUGCCAGAUUAAAUGGCGACCUCUAAAUGCAGAACAUUAGAAACCACUCAUUGAACUUCUUCUUACAUACUUCCAGGUGAAAGUUCAUGCUUCAUUAUUUUUCCAUUCCCUUGUUUGCAUACUGCACGUUGUGAGAUCAGAUUUUCCUUUUCCCAUAUCACCUGAGCCAUUAAUGCUGUGCAUUCUUGCAGAAAAUUAAGUUUAUUCUAGAUAAAUUAAUUUAAAGUGGUUCCAAUGUUUGUUAAACUUAAGAUGCACAGAAUAGUUAAAAUGUGUACUUGUUUGUAACAUUGUGACUUAGCGUAUGUAUUUAACUUUGUUUACAGACCACAGCAACAGGAAUUAAAGUCCUUUCUGAGUUCA